GUUCAGAGAAAUGUAGUGCUGCGAAGUCGGCUGAAUGGUGUUGUUGCGACACCCCAGCAGCAGCUGCGCACGUGCAACGCAUAUCCAUAUGAAGCCGCAAUUGACAUCUUUCGGGGGAAGGAGAAGCUGACAACAGACAAGCAGCUUCCAUACAGACAGUGCCGCGACUUUGAUGUGUCUCUGAAGGAGAAUGACAAGUUGGACUUCAAGAUCGGCAAUGUUACCACCGGCACAUUUUCUGUGUCGGAGCUGCCUCAGUCAAAUGCUCUUCUUCUGCUGGUGAUUUAUCGUCACGAUGUUGAAAGCACCGCGGUGUCUUUCGAGUCUCACAUGUUCAUGGCAGACGAGCCGAACCCGCAGGUUGCCGUGAUCGACACAUUUCUGGGCACGACGGCAUUCAGGCCGAUCAUCUAUUCCGGCAACCUCUCGGAGACACUUCGAUUCGGCAGAGUCAUCUCUUUGUCCCCGGGGGACUAUGCCAUUCACCUCCAAAACGACGCCAACGCGACCCAGGAUGUGGUCCCCGUCCGAGCACGAAAAGGUGACAAGUAUGUUGUGCUUCGCUCCGGCAUCCAGGCCCAGCGCGGGCCCAGUUUCCAGCAGGACGGAAUGCAAAAUGCCUUUGCCUUGGCAGAGUCUCCCUCCCGGCACUGCAAAAAGGGCAAGCAACGAGCUGCAGUAGACGAAAUGAAUUUUUCAACUCAUUGGAACACCUAA